AUGGGAGACUUGAUCGUAUUUUGGGUGGAUCAUAGGUGUAGGUGGAUUCUGAACGACACACCCACUGAUGAUGGGGGAGUUUCAGGAGAGGACAAUUGCCUAGAUGACAAGUACAGGUACUGGUCUUAUGUCAAAACCCAUCCUGCCCAUGUGGUUCUCUCCCAAGGGUCCUGGCAGGAGGCUGUGGAUGUACUACAUUGGUCCUACACAGAUUGGCUGCUUGCCCAUCCCCAACCAAUUCAGCUGCCUUUUAGUCAGGAGGAGUGUCAGGAACCAUUGAGACCACUCAAUGAUCCAAGUCAGCAAUCCACUCUUUCAUACACAUGCAUGGUCACUCAUGUUCUUCUAUGCGCUGCUCAUUGGCAUCAGGUCAAUUUCAGGCCACACAAACCACUCCCACAAGACAUCAUCACCACACACACAUCAAGGCAGACCCUGAUGCUAUGCAUGGCAGUUGAGAUAUUGAUUGGUAUACUGUGCCUUGGCAUCCCAUUCUUGUUUGUGGAUCGAGUGAGAUAUAGCAGCCAUUUUGAUGUGGAGGGGAAUGUAAGCAUGCAGAGUAGUGUGCCACUGUUUGUCAUCAGUGCUUGUACCUGUCUUGUGGUGAGGGUUAAUCAUUAUGAUGAUAUCUGCAUUAUCCUCGGCACCUCUGUCAUGCUUAUCUCAUUCCUGGGACUGGAUGGUAUCACACACAUUGGAGGUCCAGUUGCCAUUUCAUGUUCUGUUCUGAGCACAGUUACAUCUUUCCUGUCUAUUUUCCAGUAUAUAGCAGAGUUGCCACAGGGUUCUGCAGCUGUUCAUCAUGCAGCUGCUGCUGCCCAUGAAGGAUUCAUAUUUCUCCCAUGCCAAAGCAUUCUGCUCUCUCUUCCACUAGUUUUUCUCAUGUAUUCUGGGGCUGGGUUCAUCACCAGCAUUGUUGUCUACACUAGAAUCUGUAACAUUACAUGA